AUGUGGAAUCUACCAGAAUCCACGAAGAGGAGUGUCUCCUUUCAAUACUUCCGGCUAAGAGUCUUGGCGCUCAGGAAUGGUGCGAGUGGAUCGGCGAUCAAAUCCAUAGGGUUGACUUCUUGGGGGUUAAUGCACCAAAAUUGUGAGAUUCCAGCCAGGGAAAAUGGGUGGGUUGAUGGUGUGAAACAUGUUGAAGACCGCCAAGGUUCGAUAGCAUACCUGAACUUCUCUACGCCCGUGCUUGUUGAUGGUUGGUUCGUCGUGACAUCCAACAUGUCUGUCGAGAUGGACCCCUCGACUUUCGUUGUCGAGGCACUCGAGGACGGGGAGUGGCAGAUCCUUGGACUGUCGCACGCGUGUGGCUGGAGGCCCCUUGUAGAACUUGAGGAAGUACAAAUCUCGAGUGACAAGCUCCCCUCGUUCACACUGCCGAAAGAGCGAGUGAAAACUGUCAAGUUCCUCAACGCGGAUUCAAGGUGUGUUUGGGGAUCUUGUGCACAGAUGAUUGGGAGAUACGUCGAAGGGAUUUCUCUUCUGCUCGCCGUCUUAGCAAUCAGAAAGGGAUGGUUCGAAUGGCCCGUCAAGCUCAUCAGUGUCGCAUUCUUCAUUGGAGGGGUGGUAAAGAUCAGUUCCUAUGCUGCAAUCUACGAUUUAUGGGAGCAGAACAAUCAGAUCGUUUUCAUGGUCAACGGACUGGCGGACAUCUUCGUCUUCCCAGCUCCUUUAUUCUUCGAUGAGUCAUUCAUACUCGAAACAGCCAUCCUCGCCCAAGUCAUCAAACUUCCAGUCAACAACUUGUCCGGAGACAAUGUCGGGACUGCGUCCAUACUGACAAUGACUUCGGCGUUCGUCUUCUUGCUCAUCCGACACCGGACCCGGGUCGUGUGCACGCGACAGAUGCGAGAGAUGAAGGAGAAGUUCGACAGCGCUUGGAACGUGCUGCUUCAAGAAGCCGGCAACUAUGACGCGCUGCUGGCUCUCGACAACCUGGUGGCAGAUCUUGAGAUGAAGAGUCAUUGGAUGAGCACACCGAGGCAGCUUCGCCUUCCCUACCCUCAAAGAAACGCUCCCGCAGACCCAACGCAAGUUCAACGGGAAGCUUUGACCAGCGAGGAUGUGAACGGCCAGAGUUCGACGAGUGACAACGAAGCUGGUCGGCCAUCCUCCGGUCGUGCCCCCCUCGUCAUCGAGAGGAACAGCCCCAUGCUCUCAGCUGUCCUCGCCUCCAUCCUGGCGCAAGAGCAGAGGGUGACAUCGUUGGAUCAGCUGUACGCGCGAAGUGUGACAGUCCAACCUCUGUUUGCGUCGAAGAUCGUUGAGCUUGCGGAAUCGUGUGAAGGAAGCUUCAUGUUCUUCGACAAUGACAACUUGAUGUCUGCAAGGGAUGUGAAGAAGAAUGCGGACAUGAUGUCGUUGCUCACGAAGCUCUGUCUGAAACCUCUGGAGAGGACGGUGGAGAAGCUUGUCGGGGCGUACGAUGGCGACGUCUCGAGGCUCACGGACUUGGUGAGGCAGAGAAUCGUCUUUGACAGCUUCAGCAACAUCUUGCAAUGUCUGCAGACCAUCUCGUCAGACCCCACGAUCGAGAUCGUGCAGGUGAAGAACAGGUUCCGCCCAGACGACGAUGCCGUGAGGUCUGCGGGCUACCGCGACUUGUGCGUAAGGCUUCGUCUGAGGACAGACGAGACUCUGGCCAUGGGCCUGGCCGGGUACGUCUGCGAGCUGCAGCUGUUCCAUCGGAGAUUCGUUAGCAUUCUGAACGAGAUGGACCAUGAGGUCUACCUCAAGUUCCGCAGGGUGUUGAGGAUGGAAGGGAUCUACAAGCUGCAGAAGUUCCGGUCGUUGUUUACGCGGUCGAAGGUCCUGUGCUCCUCGUCCGUGAGGUGUGUGGGGCUCUCGCAAGUUUGUGUCGCUAGGGAGGAGGAGGAUGAGCAGCGGCAACAGCGGGAAGGGGGAGGGGAGAACGGGGAGCAGGAGGAGAACGCUGAUGGGCAGGUUCAGGAGGAGGAGGAGGAGGAGGAGGAGGAGGAGGAGAACGAGGAGGAUGUUUGCGAGGACAGAGCUCGCCAGAUUCUCAAGUAUCGCUGCCUCCUACCAGGGAAUAUCCUUGAGAGCCGUUUGAACCAGUUCUACCAUGCGGUGAAGACGGCAGGGACAGCGAGUGUGCUGUUCACGCAGAUCCCCUGCACUCUGGCGACGCAGAAGCCAUGGGUCAAGAUCUUUCUGUUCGCUACUUCCAUCUACCUCCAAGUCAUCUUCUUUGGUCCCGGGGGGUUUCUGCAGCAGUUCCUUGGGAACAACGUCUUCGAGGGGACCAGCUUCCGGUUCUCCUCCCUGCAGACGCGCAACGGCUCGCUGCCCGCCGACUCGGGCGUGGCCUCGAUCGGCCUCCUCCUGAACGGGUGCAGGGUGACUGGGACGUUCAAGUUUGAGGAGAGAGGAACGGACUUCUUUCUCUUGAGCUCGAACCCUGUGAGCGCCAACGGCUGGUUCUUCCACGUGAAGGCGGAGCAGCCUCGCUCGCUCGAUCCCGUGCGGUUCCGGCUCGACGUGACGAGCAGCAUGACCCCCAGCCUCCCCUCCUCCUCGUGGAAGACCGUCUCGGCAUCGCACUGUGUGUGGGACAUCGGGUCCUCCCGCUGCCUUCCCCUCCCUGAGAUGGUCUUCCCAACCUCCUCCUCCCCGUCCGUGGCGAACGAGAUCAGCUUGCACAUCCCUUGGUUCAACGCGCUAGGCUCGAUCUUCAUCUAUAUCCCCGUCUUCGUCUUCGUCUUUCUCGUCCCCGUCUUCGCUACCCUUGGGCGGACGUCGCUCACGCUCCUCUCGUUCGGCCUGGCCUUCUUCAUCCCCGGAGUUAUCGAGGUCAUCGUCGGGGCCGCGAGCUUCAGCAACAGCCCUCUCUCCCUCCUCUACUGGCUCUUCCUGGGGUUCUCCUCCAUCGUCUUCGGCCUCAUCCUGAACUUCAAAGAGGCGUACACCAUGACUUACGUUCCUAUCCACUUCAUCUUCUGCUUCACUGGCCUCCAGGUACAGAACUACCUCGUGUACAGGAACAACUCGUUCCAGCUCCCCCUCACGGCCUCGAUCUUCGCCCUCGUCUGGCUUCUCUUCGUCGUCCUCCGCUUCUUCGCGCUGCGCAAGGCGCGGGAGGAGGUCUCUAUGGACAUGAACAAGUACAGUGAGCUGUGGCAGCGGACCAAGGAGGGGGAGGAGGCGUCGGAGCUGCUGAGCAGGCUCUCGAGGAUGGGUAGGGAGUUCAACAUGUCCAAGAGAGCAAGGCACCUCAAGAAGCGACUCAGCACGUCUGCCAUCAGCACCGCCAUGGAGCACUUCCCAGCUGUGAACGAGUCCUUCCGAAGGAAACAGCCUGCCCUGACCAAGGUCUGGUCCAUGGACCAGGUGUAUGCGCAGGCGUUCCUACUGCAGCCGCUGUUUCUCCACAAGGUCCAACAGCUAGCCCUGCGGUCGCGCGGCUGUUUCCUGGCAGACUCGAACGAGUUCGAGCUGGUGAGGUGGGAGGGGGUGAGCAGGGAGGAGAAACUGAGGAGGAGAGUCAAGUUCGCCACAGUCAAGAGCGUGGACCGGGCGAUGGAGAAGGCUUCGCGCUCCUAUACGGGGGACGUGUCGCGGCUGACGGACAUCGUGCGGCAGUGCAUCGUGUUCACAAGCCUUAAGGACUUGGUGAGCUGCUUCGACGAGGUGAUCAAGGACGACGAACUCCUCGUCCUCCGCGUCAAGAACAGGUUCGAUGACAGCUACGACGCCAACUUCUCCGCCGGGUACCGCGACCUCUGCAUCAACGUGCUGCUGAGAUCUGAGCUGGCUGCGAGCUGGGGGCUGUCGGGCCACGUUUGCGAGCUCCAGCUGACCCUGGAGGAGUUCAAGGAGUGGAGCUGGGAAGGGGAGGGUCACAAGAGAUACGUCAAGUACAGGAACAAGCGCUGCGAGUAA